AUGCAAGCGGAAGCGGAAGUGUCUGUUAAACCAACAUCCGGGAAGGAAGAGGACGAAGUCAGCAAAUUACAAGCGAAAUUGCCUAAGCUUCAAAUUUCGGAAUUCAACGCAAGUUACAAAGAUUGGCCAAGACUUUGGAACUUGUACUCGGAAACUAUUCAUAAAUCAAGUAUACCGGCUGUGAGUAAAUUUUCUUACUUAAAGGAAUUAUUGUGUGAGAAAGCAAGAAAGACAAUCGAAGCUUCGCCCCAUACCGCUGAGGGCUAUAACCGAGCUACUCCUAUAUUGAAAGACCGAUUCGGGAAGGAAUGUGAAAUAAUCAAAUGCUUUGUCAAGGAAAUUAUGGAAUUGCCCCAUAUACCGACUGCAAAUGUGAAGAAAAUCCAUGAGUUUCAUGAUAAAUUGGCAUAUUGUGUGCAGUCACUCGAAACAUUGAAGAAGCUAGACGCAGUACGUGAAUGGCACUGUUUCCAUGACCUUGGAAAAGCUACCUGCGAUCAGGGGAGAUCUUGCCCGUAA